AUCGAGGCAGUGAGACAACGCGGCGACGUGGAUCGGACGGAAGUUUUAAAAAGUAAAAUUUAUGUGACAGUGAUUUAGUCACCGGGUCCUCCGAUGAUCCUUGAGUUAUAGAGCUGAAGUACGGGGAGAGACAUCCGCAUUCGUCACUUCCACAUUCAUUGAGUCGGAGACGAUCCGGCGUUACAAUUUCUAACAUGAUCCACAACAAGGAGGCGGAAUCUGAAUUUUGGUUUUACGGUUUUACUGGAGCAGUCUCUGCGGGACUGGCUCACCUCAUCUCCGUAGCCUUUUCUGUUUUUAUCGCAUUUCUCUCCCGACCCGGAACAAGUUGGUUUUCAUGGCAUCCUUUCCUGAUGACAGUAGCUUUUGGCUUCCUUAUGACGGAAGCCAUCCUCCUCUUCUCACCCCACGGCUCCCUCAUCAAGAGGUUUCCACACAAGACCAAAGGCCGUGUUCACUGGAUCCUACAGAGCCUCUGUGGCUGUUGUGCAGUUCUGGGCCUGGCUGCUAUCUUCUACAACAAAUACCUAAACGGUAAAGCCCACUUCACCUCGUGGCACGGUCUAGUGGGCCUGAUCACAGUAUGUGUGGUGUGUGUGCAGUCUUUGGCAGCUGUGCCUCUCAUCUACCACUCACUGGCCAAAGGCUGGUCUCUCGCCAAGCUCAAGCGUUACCAUGCUGCAUCUGGGCUCGUCACCUUCCUGCUGGGCAGUACCAGCCUUCUCCUCGGGCUCUGCUCCUCCUGGUUCACGGCGUCUGUGGGGGUUUACGCCUGGUACCUGGCAGCAAUCUGCCCCGUUCUUAGCGCUGUCAUAAUAAUGAAUCAAGUCUCCAAUGCUUACAUUGCUAAAAAACGGCUGCAGUCCUGACGGAGGUGCAUUACAUGGACAGAAAUCAGCACAUUGUACUCCUUUAAAGACUGAUAUUAUUCCUUCGCAGGUCACAGACUUUCCUGUCUAUUUUGAUGCUAAUUUUACAUUGUGAUCUUUCCACAUUUGAAUGAAUAAAAAGUCCUAUUAAAAUAUA